AUGACGACUAAACCAGGGAUCCUUCCCCGCGAAGGUCUUUACAUAGACCCAAUUUUUAACUACCUACGACAAACACUCCUCCAUCCUCUAUUCACCUUGGGAUGUCUAUACCUCGUACAUGGGGCAAAAUUAAGCGCAGUUGUACCAUAUGAAAAGUCGGUGCAACUGAUCGCAGGGACCAGUUUUUUCCUGUGGCUUAACGAUUGGUUGAGUGCCAAAAGCAGGAACAACUGGGUUAUAGAUGAUAGCUGGGACUGGAAAAAAGAGCUUGUGGUGGUGACCGGUGGGAGUGGCGGUAUUGGUGGCGGAGUCGCACAACGUCUCGCAGCUAUGGGGGCUCGUGUGAUUGUGCUUGAUAUCACCCCUUUGACUUAUAAACCAGAAACUGAACGCAUCAUAUACUAUCGGUGCGACCUCAGCGACGAGAAAGAAAUCGCAGCUAUAUGCGACAAGAUCAACUCUGAGAUUGGUCAUCCAACUGUACUCGUCAACAACGCCGGUCUAUCUCGUGGCCAGACAAUAGUCGAAGGCAACUACAGCGACAACAUCAUAACCCUGAAGACGAACCUGCUGGCACCUUUUCUACUGUCAAAAGAGUUUCUUCCGAAUAUGAUCCGGCAAAAUCAUGGCCACAUUUUUAAUGUUGCGUCGAUGAGUGCUUAUAUCCCGCCUCCAGGAAUCGCGGAUUAUGCGGCGUCAAAAGCUGGACUGAUUGCGUUCAACGAGUGUCUGUCCCAAGAGCUCCGAGUUCAGAAUGCGCUGAAGGUCCGCACAUCGCUUGCAGUACUGAGUUUUACGAAAACACCUCUUUUCAAAGGAGAGACAAACCAGUCCAGAUUUUUGAUGCCUCUUUUGCAUGUGGAUACUGUUGUGGAUGCCAUUGUGGACACACUUGACGGUGGGCUUAGCCGGACGAUUUUCCUCCCCGGAAUAUUUAGGCUCUUUGCAGGCUUGCGAGGAGCCCCCGAGUGGUUCCAGGAUAUGAUUCGCGGUGGCACCAAAUCUCUAAAAGUGGAAUUCAAAGGGCGUCAAAAGAUUGAUACAAAAACUGGAAGACUUAUUGCUUAA